GAAUGAAAAAAAACGUCAUAAAAAACGUCGUCGUCGUCGUCGUCGUAGCUUCUAGUAGAAAUGUUUCUAAAUAAAGAAACCUUUUGAUUAGUCAUCCACAUAGACGAUACAAAAUUGCACGAAAUUGUUCAUCAUCUAUCUUGUGCAUCAACAACAAUUAUCGCUUGGUCAUUAUCAUUGUGAUCGAUCGAAAACGUUAAUUGAAAAUUGAUCAAUGAACUUAUUUGCUGUGUUGUGAUCAUCGACAAACAAUAAAGUUUUGAUCUUGUGAUUAUGUAAUCCCGUGUAUUGUUAAAAUUGAAUUUGUGAGUGUAAUUAGUACAACAAAUUAUUAUCUUCUCAUUGUAAAAUGUCCAAAAAGGCAACAACAGCCGAAAGUCCAUAUUUUUGGAUAUGUCAACGUUGCCGUUAUAGAAAUUCUAAAUUGGCUCAUCAAUGUUUUGGUUGUCGAAAUAGUAAUCCAAAUAAUUUGAAGUCUUCACCAUCGUAUCGGACUUCAUCAUCCACGUCAAAUAAUAAUAACCGUCGAUCCUAUGUGAUGACCAAUAAUAAAAAUGAUGAUCAACGACGAAAUGAUUAUUUCCAUUUAAAUUCGAUUAAUACGGAUAAUAAAAUCCGAAAAUCACCAUUACCAAUGCCACGGUUAUCAUUGCAAACAACAAAAACGACAAACACUCGGAUUGUUCCGAUAAAAAUCAUUGAUGUUAACCAUAAACGAAACAAUCAUGCAGUUAUGCCUUCAUCGAAUCAGAUGAUUUCAGAGAAUCGAAUCCGAACAAAAUCAACACCAUCCGAACUAUCAUCAUCAAAGAUUACUAGAGAGACGAAAUCGAAAAAUAGUGAACAACAAUCAAAACAAGUGAUUGAAAUGUUGGAAUUUUUUCGUCAAAACAUUCGAAAUAAAAUAACAUCGGUUAGUAACCGUUGGAGUAAAAGCUGUGAAGAAUUACCGGCAACGGCUGAUUUGGCGAUUAAAAGAUCAAAGAAUGAUUACAAAAUAUUGCUGUCUCAAUGUCGAAAAUCGUCAUUACCAUUUGUCGAUUCAGAAUUCCCAACGAACCGUUCAUCACUAUACAGGCUCCAUGAAGAUUCUGAUCCUCGUUAUGAUGGUUUGAUUUCCAAAUGGUCACGUGUGACUGAUAUACAAUUUGAACGACCACCAGAUGACACAGAUGAUGAUGGUGAUGAUGAUGAUGAUGAUGGUAAAGAUGUUGGGCCAAAAUCACCACCAUCAGAUAAAAAAUCGAAAAAAAAUCUUUGCAUUCAUGGCCCAGGAUUAAAAGUAACAGAUUUUCGCCAAGGUAAACUAGGUGAUUGUUGGUUAUUAAGUUCGCUUGCCAGUUUGGUUUAUAAUUAUCCCGAACAUCUGAAUUUAUUGAUUCCUGAUCCCAAACUACAUCCACAAGAAUGUGGUUAUCAAAUAUUUCUAUGUCUCGAUGGAAAUUGGUCAUCAGUCAUGAUUGAUGAUUAUUUUCCCUGUGAUCAACAUGGUCGACUUGUAUUCACUGAAGCAUUUGGUCGACAGCUAUUUGCACCGAUGAUUGAAAAAGCAUUGGCCAAACAUUAUUCCUGUUAUAAGGCAUUAAUUCUUGGUCAUACAAUUGAAGGUUUCUCUACACUUACCGGUAUGCCUAUCGAACGUAUCACAUUCGAUGUGAAUACACGAAAUUCACUUAAUUCACAAAAAGAAUUAUGGAAUCGUUUGAUGACCACGAUCAAAGAGAAUCAUUAUCUAGUUGCUGCAUCAUGUUCGGUCGAGAAACAAGGUCUUCAUAAAUUACAUGCAUAUUCUGUUCUUGAUGUAUGCACUGUUACCGGUUCAUCAUGUGGUGAUCAACAGGCUAUUCUAUUAGCAAAUCCAUGGGGUGAUCAACGAUUACAGGGUGAACUGCGAUAUAGCCAUGAAACUUUCCUACGACAAUUAAAGCGUAAACCAAAACAUGGAUUAUUUUGGAUGUCAUUACGAGAUUUUGUCAACUGUUUUAGCCAUAUGGAUGUUUGUAAAUACAGUAAAACAUGGUAUACUAAACGUUAUGAAUUUCGGCUACCAUUUCAAAUAGUGGAUCAACGUAAUUUCACCGUUUUUGAAUUGAAUUGUAAACGUAAAACUAGUAUUAAUUUUACCAUUUAUCAACGUAUUGAUCGUGAUCUAAAACUUAAAUAUCGUCUUUCAUUAUCAUUGGUAAUCUUUAAAAUAUGGCCAGAUGAAUCCUUACAAUUGGUGACAGCAAGUCCAUUACUAACGGAUAAAAUUGAAAAUUUUGAAACACUUCUUGGCCGCGGCAAAUAUUUGGCCCUUGUUUUUGGUUUCAAUCAUUGGGGUCUUACAUCUAGAUUAAAAGAAGCUCCAACAUUAGUGAUGGCCAUACAUUCACCUCGACGCGUUGAUAUUCGACCGAUUAAUCCUGAUAUGCAUCUAAUGGGUGAUCUACUCAUUCAAACGGUCAUCGGUAUUGGAAAGACUAAACGAAAUGAAGAUGUCGAUUAUAUUGAAUAUAAAUUAACUGAUUUUGCUGCAUUCAUUUGGGUGGUGGAAAAUCUAUCCGAAAAUCAAUGGCUAAUGAUACGUUGGAAUACGGCCGAAGCACGUGACGCAUUCAAUCUACGUUCAGCUACCGAAUCAGUUGAUCUGAUACCUCCAGGUUGUCGACAGAUUGUCUGCGUUAUGGCACGAGAAAGUGAUAAACAAAGCUGCCAAUAUCAUUGUACAUUUCGUGCACAAAGAUUACCACCUGAAUCAUCAACGACUAUGUUGAAUAUGGAAUCAUUAAAGAAUCACACGAACAAUGACGCCGAAGAAAUGUCCGUAUUGUUUGCACCAAGAGUGAUCCAACCAAAUCUAAUUGCUGAACGUAAUCGUGAAAAUCGAUUUGAUUUCACAAAAGAACCUGAUGGUUCUAUGUGUAUAAUUUCCUGAAUUAGAACAACCAAAAUCAACCAAAUCUAUAAUAAUCAAAUAAAAAAGAAUUCUUUUCAAACAUUAAAUUCAA